CUUGUCUCUUGGCGGCGCCGACAGACCGCGCGCGUAGUUUAUACUGCGCCUGUCCGAUUGAAAUCCCGGCAAGUCACUUUCUCUCCUCUAUUCGCGAGAGCGAUUCAGUAUUUGUCCCCGAUAAAGGCUCCUAAAGGUUUAAUCUCGCGAUUUAUCUUUCCCGCGAAAACCGCGCCUAUGCGUAAUCUGUUGGAAAACGCCCUGUAACCCAAAGAAAGACUCUCUUUGCGAAGCGGGAAUGCGAGCGUUUUAUGACGGCUCGACGAGGAAUGCGGAGUACGUUCCUCGCGUCGCUCGACAGUGAUCGUGCCUGUCUUUCCGCUCCGCUUGGCGAGAUCACGCGAACGAUGGAUCUGCCAGCGCGAUAAACUCGCGACGACUCGAUCUUCCGGAGAGUUUAGAGCGCGGAUUCUCCCGACGUCAUGACGCGUCUACGAGGUCGAGCCUCGCUGAUGGUCAUCGUGACCAUCAGCUUCAUCUUGCUGAUUGUCAUAUAUCAUAUACUGAGUAACGAGAUUGAUGAGAUAUCGUCAGGGAAGAUUGCUCGAUUGAGACCAGAGGAUAUGUAUUCUCCAGGUGAAUUCACUGACAGCAGUGACAGCCCGUCCGAUGGCACUCCGCUAUUCAAGGGCCAUAAGAUCGUUCACCUAGACCUGAAAGGCGCUCCACCGAAGAUGAGCUAUUAUAAUUAUCUGUUCCCUUUGCUGCGAAAGCUAGGAGCCACUGGUAUACUUGUGGAGUACGAGGACAUGUUCCCCUUUGCAGAUAGUAUCGAGGACAUUCGUGCUGGCAAUUCUUAUUCCAGGAAAGAUAUUGUACAAAUUCAAAAUAUAGCCAAGAAUAAUCAACUAAUUAUUAUACCGUUGAUACAAACCUUUGGUCAUAUGGAGUUUGUUCUCAAAUUGGAUAAGUAUAAAGACUUCCGGGAAGUUCCACAUUAUCCGCAAGUCUUGUGUCCUACAUAUAAUAAAACACUUUCAUUGAUAUAUGAAAUGAUAAACCAAGUUGUUUCGACACAUCCAGCAUCAAAAUAUUUGCACAUAGGUGCGGAUGAAGUUUAUCAAAUAGGAGAAUGCUCAAGAUGUUUAGAUGUUAUGUCUAAAAAGCAAUGGGGCAAACGACAGCUCUUUCUGGAUCAUGUCUCCACAGUAGUCAAAUAUAUUAAGGAAAAAUAUCCAGAACUAACUGUACUUAUGUGGGAUGAUGAAUUUCGUGAUAUAUCACCGCAAGAAAUCAUUGAUAGAGGCUUGCACUUGACAAUAGAACCAGUUAUUUGGAAGUAUACUACUGACCCUGGUACGACAUUAACCGAUCAACUAUGGGAAAGUUAUGCUGCAGUCUGGAAGCAAGUCUGGGUUGCAACUGCAUUCAAAGGAGCCACUUCGCCAGACAGAUAUUAUACAGACAUUUCGUAUCACAUGGAAAACCAUCAAGGUUGGUUAGAAAUCAUUCAUAGAUACUCAAAUCAAAUUACAUUUAAAGGUGUCAUGUUGACUGGAUGGCAGAGAUACGAUCACUUUAGUGUUCUUUGCGAAUUGCUGCCAGUAGGACUACCAUCUCUCGCUAUUAAUCUAGCUGUAUUACAAGCAUCAAAUCUAAAUGGCUUUCCUAUAGAAUUACCUAGUCAUAUAUCUGAAAUUUUACAAUGCGAUGGUGUGAUUUCAUUGAGCAUACCAGAACCACAGUAUGGCUGGACCAAGUGCAGUUUUCACGGAAUGUCUGUAUAUGCAACCAUUUUACGUCUUUACUCUUUGACGCAAGAAGUAAUGAAAAUGGAACAGGAUAACACCUACAAGGGAUGGUUAAAACCAUACAAUAUUAAGUAUUCUUUUGCAAGUCCUAGUUAUGUCGAACGUGCAGUCACUGAUUUGGAUAGGCAUAAAAUGGAAAUAAUGUAUAUUGAGAAAGAAAUGCGUACAGCUAUGGAAGACAUUUAUGACAAUUAUACAAUACAAGAAUGGUUAGAAACAUAUACUGCACCAUUAAAUGAAAAGCUUAAUCAAUUGUGGGAAGCCAAGGAGAAACUUUUAGAAAGAAAUACAUGGCCGAGAAGACCUCUUACAAAAUCAGACUUAUAGUGAAAAACAGUUUCUUUGGAUAAGUAAGUAAACAUUCAUCAUAUUCUUUGUGGUAUAUGGUAAGAGACUGAGAAUUUUAUUAAAACAAUAAGAGAAAAGAACACAAACAAUUUCUUAGCGAUUAAUCUUUAAAAAUGGCGUGGAUAAUCAAUGAAAUAUAAAAGUUUGAAACUCGUAAUUUUACAUCUUGAACAAUUGUUGUACAGAGUAUGUGAUAAUUUAUAAUUUGAUAUAAGGAAAGAGAGAGAAAUCAAAUCAUAUUAAAUGCACCGUCCGUAAAUUUAUAAAUCUAUCUUAUCUCGAUAAAUAAGAUAUUAUAUAUCUUAUUUAUCUCGAUAAGUAAG